AAUGAAACCAGCGGUGGAAGCGGCUGAGCAGAAAGACGUAAGCAGGCUAACUAUAGUUGCAGGGAACCAGAGGGGAUGUAAGCUGUUGGGCUCAAGGCAUCGAGGUGCGUAAUCCAGAGACGACCCAUUGUGAAGCGGGUGCAGCCAGCAUUGCCACAGGUGAUCUGAUUUCCUGCGCCGGUAGUUUAGCCAGCGGGCCAAUUUCGAGGAAUUCUCAUUUUAAAGUCCUUUUGGACUGAGUGCCAUCUGGAGAAGGGGGAAGGCCCCUAGUAAAAGUCAUUCUGUUGAUAAAUCGACGACCAAAAUUUAAAAAGUGACUCCUCCCGAUACCUCCUCUCCUCACUGCGAGGCGGAUGGGAGCCAUGGCUUAUCAGUUACUCGUUGGCCUCCUGCUCGUUCAUCUGGGAUUAGGAGCUGUUGGCGCCAGCCGCGAUCCUUUGGGAGGGCUGGAUUCUCCUCGAGAGAAGACCCUAAAGGGGAAGCAGCACGCCCAGCAGUUGUCUCGAGCCUCUGCCUCGGACCCCUCAGCUCCCUGGAGCCGCUCCACAGACGGCACCAUCUUGGCGCAGAAACUCGCCGAGGAGGUGCCCAUGGACGUGGCCUCUUACCUGUACACUGGGGACUCCCACCAGCUGAAGCGAGCCAAUUGCUCUGGCCGCUACGAGUUGGCGGGCUUGCCUGGGAAGUCGCCCGCUCUAGCCAGUUCCCACCCCUCUUUACACGGGGCGUUGGACACACUGACACACGCUACCAACUUCCUCAACAUGAUGCUGCAGAGCAAUAAGUCGCGGGAGCAGAACUUGCAGGACGACCUGGAGUGGUACCAGGCACUGGUGCGGAGCCUCUUGGAGGGCGAGCCCAGCAUUUCCCGGGCGGCCAUCACCUUCAGCACCGAGUCUCUGUCCGCGCCGACCCCGCAAGUCUUCCUCCAGGCCACGCGUGAGGAGAGUCGCAUUCUGCUCCAGGACCUAUCCUCAAGCGCACACCAUCUAGCCAACGCUACGCUGGAGACGGAGUGGUUCCACGGCCUCCGGCGCAAGUGGAGGACCCACUUACACCGCCGCGGCUCCCAUCAGGGACCCCGGGGCCUGGGCCAUAAUAGCUGGCGGCGCAGAGACGGGCUUGGCGGGGAUAAGAGUCACGUCAAGUGGUCUCCGCCUUAUCUGGAGUGCGAGAACGGGAGUUACAAGCCUGGGUGGCUGGUCACUCUCUCGGCUGCUUUCUAUGGGUUGCAGCCUAACCUGGUACCGGAAUUCAGGGGUGUUAUGAAAGUUGACAUAAAUCUUCAGAAAGUGGACAUAGACCAAUGUUCAAGUGAUGGCUGGUUUUCAGGAACUCACAAAUGUCACCUUAAUAAUUCAGAGUGUAUGCCAAUUAAAGGACUGGGAUUUGUGCUUGGAGCCUAUCAGUGCAUUUGCAAAGCAGGAUUCUAUCAUCCUCGAGUCUUCUCAGUGAACAACUUUCAGAGAAGGGGUCCGGAUCACCAUUUUGCAGGAAGUGCAAAAGAUGUAUCAGAAGAAGUCCACGUCUGCCUACCCUGCAGGGAGGGCUGCCCCUACUGUGCUGAUGACAGCCCCUGCUUUGUCCAGGAGGAUAAGUACUUGCGACUUGCUAUCAUCUCCUUCCAAGCCCUAUGUAUGCUGCUGGACUUCAUUAGCAUGCUGGUGGUCUAUCACUUUCGCAAAGCCAAGAGCAUCAGAGCAUCAGGCCUUAUCCUGUUGGAAACAAUCCUGUUUGGGUCUCUGCUUCUGUACUUUCCAGUGGUUAUUUUGUAUUUUGAGCCAAGCACAUUUCGCUGUAUUCUCCUGAGAUGGGUCCGUCUUCUGGGUUUUGCUACUGUUUAUGGAACUGUCACUCUCAAACUUCACAGGGUUUUAAAGGUGUUUCUUUCACGAACAGCCCAACGAAUUCCCUAUAUGACUGGUGGACGGGUCAUGAGGAUGCUGGCAGUAAUACUCCUGGUAGUGUUUUGGUUUCUUGUUGGCUGGACUUCGUCUGUUUGCCAGAAUUUGGAGAGGCAGAUUUCACUUGUUGGCCAAGGGCAAACAUCUGAUCACCUCAUCUUCAAUAUGUGCCUCAUUGAGCGCUGGGAUUACAUGACAGCAGUUGCUGAAUUUUUAUUCCUCUUGUGGGGUGUUUAUCUCUGCUAUGCAGUACGGACAGUCCCAUCAGCAUUUCAUGAGCCACGCUAUAUGGCUGUUGCAGUUCACAAUGAGCUCAUUAUCUCUGCUAUAUUCCAUACAAUUAGAUUUGUGCUUGCCUCAAGACUUCAGUCUGAUUGGAUGUUGAUGCUGUAUUUUGCACAUACUCAUUUGACUGUGACAGUCACCAUAGGGUUGCUUUUGAUUCCAAAGUUUUCACAUUCAAGCAAUAACCCACGAGAUGACAUUGCUACUGAAGUAUAUGAAGAUGAGCUCGACCUAGGCAGAUCUGGAUCCUACCUGAACAGCAGUAUCAAUUCAGCCUGGAGUGAGCACAGUUUGGAUCCAGAGGACAUACGGGAUGAGUUGAAGAAACUCUAUGCCCAGUUGGAAAUAUAUAAAAGGAAGAAGAUGAUCACAAAUAACCCCCACCUCCAGAAAAAGCGGUGCUCAAAGAAGGGCUUGGGCCGUUCAAUCAUGAGGCGCAUAACUGAGAUUCCAGAGACAGUCAGCAGGCAGUGUUCCAAAGAGGACAAGGAAGUCACAGACCACAGUACUGCCAAAAGUACCGCGCUUGCCAGGAAGAAUCCGCAAGAAUCUUCAGGUAAUACAGGGAAACCCAAGGAAGAGUCCCUGAAAAACCGAGUCUUCUCACUAAAGAAAUCCCACAGCACUUAUGAUCAUGUGAUGGAGCAAACGGAAGAAUCCAACAGCUUACCAACGGAGAGCCAAGAGGAGGAGGCUACGGAAAAUUCCACAUUGGAGUCUCUGUCUAGUAAAAAACUAACACAAAAACUGAAAGAAAAUAGCGAGGCUGAGUCCACAGAGUCUGUGCCUUUGGUGUGUAAGUCAGCCAGUGCUCACAACCUCAGCUCGGAGAAGAAGCCUGUGCACCCACGAACAUCCAUGUUACAGAAGUCUCUCAGUGUGAUAGCAAGUGCCAAGGAGAAGACUCUGGGAUUAGCUGGGAAAACCCAAACCUCAGGAGUGGAAGAAUGUGCUAAGUCCCAGAAACCUCUGCCAAGAGAUAAAGAGACAAACAGAAAGUACUCAUAUUCAGAUAACACAGAGACUAAAGAUUCUGCCCCCCCAAACUCCAGUCAUUUGGAGGAGCCAAGAAAACCUCAGAAAUCUGGGAUUAUGAAGCAACAAAGGGUCAAUCCCUCCACUGCCAACGCUGAUAUGAGCCCAGGCACCACCCAGAGGAAGGACAACUUUGACAUAGAGGAAGUGUGCCCUUGGGAGGUUUAUGACCUCACCGCUGGUCCUGUGCCUUCAGAAUCCAAAGUUCAAAAACGUGUCUCUAUUGCGGCUUCUGAAAUGGAGAAAAACCCAACUUUUUCCUUAAAGGAGAAAUCUCAUCACAAGCCUAAGGCAGCUGAACUAUAUCAGCAAUCCAAUCAGAAGAACAUAGACAAGGCUGAGGUUUGCCCUUGGGAGAGCCAAGGUCAGUCCCUUUUUGAAGAUGAGAAGCAUUUGAUUGCUAAGACUCAGGUUCCCCCAGGGAGAGCUAAAAAUGAGAAUGGCGCUCAACAUUAUGCAGCCAGUGUGUGUGCUGGGAAAUAUGAAGAACUGUCCCCCAAAGUUGUAGCAUCAAAAGUAGAGAAUGAAAAUCUCAACCAAAUGGGAGACCAGGAAAAAAAGACAUCCUCCUCCGAGGAAAAUGUGCCUGGCUCCUACAGCUCGAGUAAUAACUUUCAGCAACCUUUAAUAUCACGAGCUGAGGUAUGUCCUUGGGAGUUUGAGACCCCAGAUUAACCAAAUGCUGAAACAAGUGUGACUUUACCUGCCUCUUCUAUUUUAAGUGCAAAUAAGGUAGUGAGACCUUGGAAAGAAAGGGUCUGGGAUAUUUUUAAAGUGUUGCAUCCCCAGAAAGAAGAGGGGGCGGAAACCCAGAAUUUGAUAUAUGACACAUGUGUUAGGAUCAAAAAUUCCCCAGGAGUAUUUGUCAGUCAUGGAAAAUGUGAAAGGCAUGGGCCAAAUAGGGUAGGAGGGCAGAGCAUCUUCAUCACAGAGAAGAUUAGACUGGUCCGGAAGUCUUACUCCUGCUAACAAUAGGAAAAUCUACAUUUUGUCAUGUUUUGUGGGGAGUAGCUCUCAAUGUCUGUUCCUGAUCAACAUUUGCCCCACGGGACUUUGAAGAUCCUAAGCAAGGCAAACCAGAAGACGCAGAAGAGGUAUGAGAUUGUGCAAAGAAGCAGGUGUAGAUGUAUAUGACCGAAAUUCUAAGUAGCUGACUGAAAGAACUUACUUUACCUAUAUAACCUUGAUAGCACUGCUAACUUAAUGCAUCCAAAAAAUACCUUUUAUAUUAAUGGUUGCUCUCAUUUUCUUAUAAAUGUAUGUUUCUGUACAUUGUUGUGUCUCAUAUUCAAGCAUUCCAGAUUGUAUAAUUUUUGCAAAUAACUUUGAUAUUAUGUGACACAACUCAUUUAUGCAAUCUGCAGCUACUCAAUUGUUAUUGCAGCUUUCAGAAUACCUGCUAUCUAUCAACUUUAGUUGAUUCUUGAAGUACAGUAAUCUUUCUCUGGCUUGGGAAGCCAUAACUGUUAUGAUAAAAACUUUUAGUUUGGGCUGUGGUUUAUAUAUUGUGAAUUUGGGUUUGACCAUUAUUUCACUCAUGGUUUGUCAUACUGUCUUAUUCAGGGUUUUUAUACAAGUUGGGUUACUUGUUUGCACUUCCCAUUAGGACUCAGAAGCUUUAUUAAUAUUGGAGAAUAAGUGGUCCUACUUAGUCAUAUGUCUCAAUAAGUUAAGGACAACUUAUCUACUGUUUGUUUGAAGCAGAGACAGAUAAUAUCUUUGUUCCAAAUAUUGUCCCUUUUAACUCUUUCAGUAUUUCAUAGUUGACAGCAUCUCCUAUGAAACUAACAGAAAAAUGUACUGUGCAUUACUAUUCCCAUUAGAAAGGGAAGACUCUAGAAAUGACAUGAGAAUUAUAGCAGUACUGCAGAGCCAGGGAAUUUGCCUUUUGAAACAAAAAAGAAAGAAGGCUCAUGAGAGCACUUUUAAGGGAUUAUUUUUUUAAAGAGAAAAAUUACAAUAGUGUCAAGAUCAUUAUAAUGGAUAUAUUUUUAUUACACAUACUGAACAUAGAAUAUUUACAUUACCUUUAACUGUUUAUUCCCAUAAACUCUUCUUCAUUGCUCCAGCAUGGGCUAGAAUUUGCUGGGCUCCAAUCCCAAAGAGCUUUAUAACCUGAUUUAUUCAAAGCCUAUAAGUUGGUGUGAACACUCCAUUCUCCCAGCAUUGGGAAACUUACAAUUCCUUUAAAUUACCAUUGUGAGCCACCUCACUUGAAAUUUAAAACUUGAGGUUUAUGUGCAAUGUGAAACAGUCCCCAAAGCAUAUUUUAUAAAACGGAUUGCAUUCCACAUUGAUCACUUGGCAUGAAAAUCCUAAGCUGCUGACUUUGCACUAUUAAUGUGCUCAUGCAAAGAGAUUCCAUUUCAAAGCUUAGUCUCAUUUCAAGAUGAAUGACUUGAAAAUAGAACUCAGAAUUUUCUUUCUCUCACACUAAAUACUGAAGUAUUAGUUGUUUAUUUGGUCAGGACAUUUCCAGCCUACGUAACUGUUUUUCAUUUUAUGAGCAGCAAGGAGAGUAUGCUAGGAGGAUAAAAGACAAGAAAAGGGGAUCAGAAGGUGGCUAAAGGGCUGUUCUUAGAGAAUAAUCUCAGUGGAAAGAAAAAUAAGAAUUCUGCUUAUUAGUCAAUAAAAUUUUCUCGACGAUUUUUAUUCAGGAGUAAAUGAGCAUGUCACCAUUUUGAAAGCUGUGCAUAAAUCUUCCUCACCCAUUUGCUUGCUUUGUGCAUUACUCAGGUUGGUGGGGUAGGUUUGAAGAGAUAUAGAAGUAUAUAUCUAUACAUAUAUAUUUAUAAACUUGGUUUGGAGUUUCUAGACCCACUUCCUUCUUUCAUUUAUGUGUGAGCUCUGAUAGCACUUUAUUCACCGUUUGAGAAAUAAGAAGUCAAGCAUCCGUGACUUUUUAUUGCACUUCUAGAUGACCCUGCUAGAGAUGUGGCUUAAAGACGACUUGCCAAAUUAUACCUAAUGACAUUCUUUAGUCCAUAGAUUUUUCUCCACCAGCAUAAAUCAGUGAGAGUGCCUAGGGUUGAUCCUAAAGUUCCAUUGCCAUUAAUGAUCACCAAGUGAAGUUUAAAUCUACAGUUAGUGAGUUUAUUUUCCCAGAUUGAUAAUAAGAACGUGAAUAACCACUGUUCUGGUCACAAACAUUUGCUAGGUUGUCCUUUCUCAAUGCAUGUGCAGGCUGCAUCCUGUUCUUGUUUUUAAGUCAGGGUUUAUAAAUAAGUAGAUUUAUACCAAUCUUAAUAGAACUGUAUAUUUUAUGCAAGAAUUAAAUGCUUCACGACUUGAAUUAUAACUCAACCCAGUGUAAACUUUGGUGGCAAUAUGGUUUUGAAACUCGACAGUUCUCUUGUAUUUGCUUCCUAGGUUUCUGCAUGCAAGUGAUGACAGGUAGGACUGAAAAACACUGCCUUUUGACUUCUAGCAUUUAGCACCUGAAAGUUGUAGAGUCAAUAAAGCUAUAAGUCUCUUCACUUAAUCUGUGGUUCUUCUGAAACUAUUAUCUGAAAUCUACAGCA